UUAUUGCACUCAGAUUUCAAUCCCCUCUUCUCUGUUUAUCUCUAAAUUAGAUCUCACAAAAUCUCUCUUUUUUACUCUCUCUCUGCUCAUAAAUAUUCUCACGAAGUGCACAUGGUUUUUCAGGCUCUCUAUACGUAGAUAGAGCCUUGAAAAACCCUUUUUUUUUUUUUGUUAAAAUCUUGAUUUUGGGUUUUUGCUGAUAAGUAAUAUAAUCUUUCCAAGUUUUCUAUUUUUGGUUUUUUUUUUUAAAAAAAAAAUCUUGAUCUGGGGUUUUUCUGUUUUUGCUGAAUAUUAAUACCAUUUGUGAUCUUUCCAAGUUUUCAACUUUUUGUUUCUACUUCCAAAAUCUUGAUCUGGGGUUUUUCUUUUUUUGCUAAUAGUAAUAUAUUUUGAUCUUUCUUGUUUUUUUCGUCAAGUUUUAGUCAAAAAAAACCCAAAUUUUCGCUUGCCAGCUCAAAGUUUAAUAUUUUAUUUUUUUGCACUAUGAUUUCAACAGUGAAACAAUCAGGUUUUACAAUCAAUGGGUGUGAUUUCAUUCGGUCAAAGUCUCAAUCUUUGACUUCUUCACGGCGUUUCUCCGUUAUCCCACCGUUACCGGCGAUGACAUCACGCCGGAGCUCCGGCGUAGCGCUGUCAAGACCCAUUUUUGUUUCUAAAAUCGAAAGCUUCGGAUCGGGUCGGGUCGACCCGGUUGAAGAGAAGAAGAAGAGUAGUAGUUUGGUUAAGUGUAAGGCAUAUGAAGCGGAUCGGGUCGACCCGAUUGAGGGACCCGAAACGAAAACUGAGGUGGCAAGGAGGUUGAAGAUUGGUGUUUAUUUUGCUACAUGGUGGUUCUUGAAUGUGAUAUUUAAUAUAUAUAAUAAGAAAGUGUUGAAUGCAUUUCCAUUCCCUUGGUUAACAUCAACUUUGUCACUUGCUGCUGGUUCACUUAUUAUGUUGAUUUCUUGGGCUGUUAGAAUUGCUGAGACACCCAAAACUGAUCUUGAAUUCUGGAAAACUUUAUUCCCGGUUGCCGUUGCACAUACAAUUGGGCAUGUGGCAGCUACAGUGAGCAUGUCAAAGGUGGCCGUUUCAUUCACUCACAUCAUCAAGAGUGGUGAACCUGCUUUUAGCGUUUUGGUUUCAAGGUUCCUCUUGGGAGAGACUUUCCCUACGGCCGUUUACUUAUCUCUUAUUCCCAUCAUUGGUGGUUGUGGUCUUUCUGCUCUUACAGAGUUGAACUUCAACUGGAUUGGUUUCUCGGGGGCUAUGAUCUCGAAUGUGGCAUUUGUCUUCAGAAAUAUAUUCUCCAAGAAGGGUAUGAAGGGGAAGUCUGUUAGUGGGAUGAACUACUAUGCUUGCUUGUCUAUGUUGUCUUUGUUGCUUCUCACACCAUUUGCCAUUGCUGUUGAGGGACCACAAAUGUGGGCACUAGGAUUUGAAAAGGCUGUCUCUACAAUUGGACCCCAAAUAGUCUGGUGGAUGGCGGCCCAGAGUGUAUUUUAUCACCUCUACAAUCAGGUGUCAUACAUGUCCCUAGAUGAGAUCUCUCCUUUGACGUUUAGUAUUGGAAACACCAUGAAACGUAUAUCUGUAAUUGUCUCCUCCAUCAUUAUCUUCCGUACACCCGUCCAGCCAGUCAACGCUCUUGGAGCUGCCAUUGCAAUUCUUGGAACUUUCUUGUACUCACAGGCAAAACAGUGAAGAGUGCAAUUUGCAUAGCGCAUUAGGGAUAAAGGCGUUGAAGAAAAACCUUGAGGUGAGGUGUUGAGAAAACAUCUCUGAGGAUUCUCAGUCUACCCUUACUUUGGGUACUUAUGAGUAUGUAGAUAGCAAUAAUGGGUUAAAAUUAACUCAAAUCCUAUAGAGUUACUAAGGCUGGUUUCCUUGUUUUGUUAUUCAUCAAACUUGAUAGAGACAUCAAAAACUGUACUAAUAAACUGAAUACUUGACUGAGAGUGGUAUAAAUUAGUUCAUUGAUGCA